UCCUUCUCUCCCCCUUUCUUUCUCCUUUCCCUCUCUUCUUCCACCACCUUGCUGCUGGACUGAACACAGUAAACACAGCGGCAGCAGCGGCAGCAGCGUCUGUCUGUGUGAGCUCGUCCUGCUGCUGCUGCUCCUCGAUGCAUUGAAUGAAAAUAUUUUUGGUGUCGUAUGAAAAUAUAUGCUGACGUACCAGAUCAUGUGGGCUUUUUCGUCGCAGAUCUCCCAUGCAUGCACAGCCACUUGCUUUUUUAUUUUUUCCCCCCUCUACGCUUGUCUUUAGGAUCCGCCACAAAUCUUUAGGAUUACAAAUGUUGUUUUACGGGGCGCUGCUGCUGCUUUCUUGAAAAAAGCUCAAAAAGCGCCGUUUUCGGGGGGAAAGAAAAAGAUUUGUUGGUGCUGUUUAAUCUCAAUCUUUCCACCAAAGCAACAGACUCCUUUUUUAGGCAGAUUCCAGAGAGCUGCUGGACCAGAGACAGAGAGAUAGUCUAACGAGAGGGAAAAGAGAAAGAGGAAGAAAGAGGGAGGGAGAGAGAAACUCUGUGGGUAACUGAAAGAGACUGGCAUCAGUGGACAGAGAAAGAAGAGAAAAGAAGGGAAAAGAGAGAGAGAGAGAGAGAGAGAGAGAGAGAGAAGCAGGAGCGCUACGGGAGGCCGUCCCCUGGGGAGAAGCCCCGCCCAGUCCAGGAAGAAGUUCAGUGGGUUGUGUAAUGAGGUCCUAUGAAGCCCUGCACUGGAGCUGAUGUUCCCGGUCAGCGGGAGACUCCGGAGCCAAGGCUGGGAGACUCCGGAGCGGACUGAGGAACUGCAGAGUCCCGCUCCUGUGCCGGGAAUCCACUCUGACCACUUCCAUCCCUCUUUCCCUCCUUCACUUCGCAACACCUCCCAACCGCUUUGUCAGGCCUACCCCUGAACCCUGUCACUACGGUUACCAUGUCCAGCCGAAGGAAGUCUUUCACUCCCUGCAUGGUGUGUGUCAGCGAUGUGCCAACAGACAGCCCUGUUGAAAUGGAUAUCUUGGCUGAUGAAGUAGUAGAGGACAGGUCUUCCUCUCUGCAGCCUUCAUUAGAUCUGCAUCAAGUGUCAGCAAAGGAGGGCGAGGUUGACCAUAAGGAGGAGAGUCAUGUGGAAGGGAUGGAAGGGAAGGUGGAGGAAGAUAAAUCCCUUGCCACACAGAAACAGCAAGGUAGGGACUACCAGUGUAAGUACUGCUCCUUCUCCACUCAGAAUCUCAACGACUUCAAAGAGCAUGUGUACUCUACACACCCUAACGUCAUUCUGAACCCUCUGUAUCUGUGUGCCGUCUGCAACUUCAGCACCAAGAAGUUUGACUCCCUAACAGAACACAAUGGAACACUUCAUCCAAGAGAGAGCAAUUUCAAGUUCAAGCGAAUUAAACUUGACAACCAGACUAUCCUAGAGCAGACCAUUGAGAAUGAGGAUGAUUCAAACGCUCUAGAAACCAAGCACAUGCAUGAUGAUGACGGCUUUGACUUUUUCCCCACAUACCCUUCAAGUGUACAAAAUGUUGGAAAGCCAGUGGUGGACAAUACAGAAAUCUACAACAAUGGUAAUGAAGUAGAAAGUAAUUUAGAUAAUCUGAUGUUGAAGGAUCAGAUCACUGCGGUCAAUGUGAAUGGCACAAUCAUCAUCCCUGAGCCCAUGAUCCUUCAGGGCCUCUCUCACGUCAUGCCUCUGCUGCAGCGCCCACCCAACCUUAACUCCAUUCCAACAAUCGCCGUUCCUCUGAACACAAGCAAGUACAAUCCUUUGUUGGACAGCAACACUACACUCAUCACUUCCUUCAACAAAUUCCCCUACCCAACUCAUGCUGAGCUCUCAUGGCUCACUGCUGCAUCCAAGCACCCGGAAGAGCAAAUCAAGGUAUGGUUCACUACCCAGCGACUGAAGCAGGGAAUCACCUGGUCACCAGAAGAGGUGGAGGAAGCUCGAAAGAAAAUGUUCAAUGGCUGUAUGCCACCUGCUGACCAGACGUUCACCAUUUUGCCUACGCCUGUGAGCGAGCCAAUCGCCACCAGUCAGUCUGUUGCACCAGCAGUCUCCUGCCACGUUAUUGGACAGUCCACCUUGUCCACGGUGACCACUGCAAUUGGGUCACCUGCUACGUGUGCAACUGUCACUGUGACAACCGUUAAUAGUAUGCAGAAUCUCAAGCGCUCUUUGGGAAAUCCAACAGUGGCCCAGGAGGUAAAGCGUCCCAUGAUUCCUACAGAGGAACCCAAAGAUAAGCUACGCAUGGCACCCCCUCCUGUCCCUCCCCUAGAAAGACUACCCAUGGCUCCUCCUCCUGUACCCCCAGAUAGUAAGAGAUCCAUGCCCCCACCUUUGAUUGCCCCAGACCUGAAGAGAUCCAUUAUCGCCCCUUACGCUAUGCCUAAGGGGAAAUUGCCAGUGGUAUUUCCACUUAUACCUCCCAAAGACAAGGUACCUAUGGCGCCCCCUCCCCUGUUACCCAGAGACAGAUUAUCUAUGGUGUCCCUACUGUCCACAGAUCUAAAGAGGUCUAUGGUUCCCCAACAAUUAAGGAAUCAAGCGCCUGCCUCUUCAGUGAUUUCUAAAGACAAACUAUCACCUUUACCUACUGAUGUAAACUUACCCAUGGUGCCCCCCCUGGUGACUUCUCAAAUGAAGAGACCAACAAUCAUUCAAACUGCACGGGCUCCACCUGUAGCCCCUCCCCUGGUCCCUGCUUUCUCUCUGGAGUGUAAACCACUAGAGCCGACAGCGGAGCAGAAGCUCAUAGGCUCAGAGAGUCGACCCUCAGAGAGUCAGAACAGCAAUGGAGUCCCCUGUGGGGACGGUAAGAAUUGGUUUCUUGACCAGAGUGCACCGGCCCACAAUGGUUCACAGCACUUAAAUAGUGACUUUGCUCCAAAGGAGCGUCCAAAAACAGUCCCAACCCAGUUCCCUCUCCUGGAAAGAGUGAAGGGGAAAACUGCUGAGCAGCUGAAGGUUUUAGAGGAAAGUUUUCAGAGAAAUAGUUUCCCAUCAUACAACGAGGUUGAUCACAUCGCAAUCACCACCAGACUCUCCAGAGAGGAGAUUGACAGCUGGUUCUUGGAACGACGAGCACUUCGAGACAACUUAGAAAAAGCCCUGUUGAAUUCAAUGGGCUCCAAGAGAACUGACAUCGCAGAGAGGAGGUCGCGUUCACACCACCAACAUGCUUUGCUUAACGGAGUUCACAAACAAGGUGGCCUACCCAUGAGCCCUCUCCCUCCCAUCAUUGCCCCCACCCCAUCCUCUGGACCUCUGGAUAGGAAGUCCCUAAACCUCCUCAAAGAUGUCUUUGUCCAAACACGGUGGCCUUCGCCUGAGGAAUAUAGUCGUCUGGAGGCACAGACAGGCUUGCCUCGUACAGACAUUGUCCGAUGGUUCAAAGACAGCCGGCUGGCCCUGCGCGGUGGUGCUGUGGAGUGGAAGGAGCUGUUCCAUAAGCUCAGCGGCAGCGAGUUGAAUGGCCGGCUGAUCUCCGAGCAGCCCUGCAGUGUCACUCAACCAGGCCAGGACCGUAAGGUGCCUAGAGCGGAGUGCACCAAACUAAGCAGCCAAGAGAUCAAAGACUGGUUCAGCAACACACUGGGCCAGCGUGGGCCUGAAAUGGGGAGGAAUGGAGGUCAGAAUGGGGGUGGCGGAGAGGAGUGCGGGGGCUGGAUGGAGGAAGCAGUAGGGGUGAAAGCUAGGAUGGCGUCACGAGAGCUGGUCUCAGACACAGAUUAGGCGAGAGGAGGGAGAAGAGGCAGGAAAAGAGGGUAGGAGCUGCUGCCGCUGUCAUUUUGCACAGAAGUGGAAGAAAAGAAAAGGAACAGAGGCUUACUUUGAAAUGUUGUAUUUUUGGAACCAAUGAUUUCACUCUUGCCCUCUUCUAUUGUGCCAGCCAGCACACGCCGCCAGUCAGAAGCGGAAGGGGCCUCAUCGCUGCACGGAGCACCGGGUGGCAGGAGCGCCGUUGAAACGUUGCUGAAAUGUUGUGGGAGCGUUUGUGGCGCAUUGUGCGACGGUUCGGCAUCAGGGAGGGACAGAGUGAAUGCACUGAGGAGACGGAGACCGUUGAGUGCCAAAGCUGGAUUUGCUGCAUAACUACAAGGGUUCUUGUAAAUAUUUUUUUCUGUACUGCUACAGAUUUGUACAAUUUUGGGGGAACUUUUGUUACAUUUUGUAAUGGGAGCAAGUGGCCCCCAGUUUUUGCUCUGGCUGGUCUUUUCAGUGGACACAUCGUACAUUUUGUAACAACACCAUGCACCACUACAGGCGUUGGCAAUACAUCAGACAGUUUUACAGAGCCGGACUUUCAAUACAGUUGUCUUUGGAGGGACUUCUUUAAAUCAGUGUAUUUGUUGACUGGUUUAAGGUGCUGUUAUACUUUCUGGAUAUUACUCGCCGUUGCUUUUGCUAUAAUUACAGUUCUUACAGCGUGACAUUUUGAAAACAAAACAGAAGUUUCA